ACUAAAUUAUAUAUAUAUAUCGAAAAGUUAUAUUUCAAUAGUGGUAGACGUUUCUAUUUUUAUCAACAUGCGCGUCAAUUGAGCCUGCGUUGUGUAUAUUAAAAUUGUGUAGAAAGCGGGUUAUUUUAUCGAUUCAACAAAUACAGAAAACUAUAUUACCGUUAGUAGGCAUUCAUAACUAUGUCCGGGAGCCCAAAGCCAGUUAAGAAAGUGCCCAUACACUUACAAAGUGCCCAAAAUCGUAUUUAUAUCAAGAAUGGAGAAAUUGUCAAUCAUGAUAAAAGUUUUAAGGCGGACGUUUACAUUGAGGAUGGAAUCAUUAAAUUUGUUGGGUCCGCUUCCGACAUAACAAUACCUGGAGGCGUGCGUGUUAUAGAUGCAACAGGAAGAAUGAUUAUACCAGGGGGCAUUGACCCCCAUACACAUCUGCAAUGUCCUUUGGGUGACAAUGUUUCCGUUGACGACUUUUACCGUGGAACCAAAGCGGCAGUGGCAGGUGGCACAACUAUGAUAAUUGAUUGUGUUCUACCCAAAAAACACGAAUCUUUGGUGGAAGCUUAUGACAAGUGGCGCAGCUGGGCGGAUCCAAAGGUGUGUUGUGACUACGCUUUACACGUGGGCAUAACUUGGUGGUCUAAAUCCGUUUCCGAGGAGAUUGGUAUUCUAUGCAAAGAGCUGGGCGUGAAUUCCUUUAAGAUGUAUAUGGCCUAUAAAGGCCUCUAUAUGUUAGGUGAUUCUGAGCUUUUGGAUGUUUUUGAACGAAUUCGUUUUCUGAAUGGAGUCGCAAUGGUGCAUGCUGAGAAUGGUGAUAUUAUAGCCAAAAACACAAAAAGCUUAUUAGCCGAUGGUAACUGUGGACCCGAAGCGCAUGAGCUCUCGCGUCAAGAAGAAGUUGAGGCAGAGGCUGUACAUCGCGCUUGCAUUUUAGCCCACCAGAUGAAGACACCCCUAUACGUUGCUGGUGUCACAAGCAAGUCCUCCGCAGAACUCAUAGGACGCGCCCGUCGCAGCGGUUACUCCGUGUUCGGUGAAACUCUUGCAAGCUCUAUUGGCCGCAGUAUGAGUAGCGUUGGCAAAUCGGAACGUGUUUAUUAUAUUACCAGUCCACCGAUUCGUAUGUCUGCAGAAACGCCUAGGCAACUGAUGAAAUCCUUAGCAUAUGAUGAUCUACAGGUGACAGGUAGUGACAACUGUACAUUCAAUAAAAAACAAAAGGAACUUGGUCUAUUAGACUUCACUAAAAUUCCAAAUGGCGUUAACGGUGCUGAGGAUCGAAUGUCGGUAGUGUGGGAGAAGGGUGUGCAUCAGGGCGUUCUCGAUCCCUGUAGAUUUGUUGCAGUAACAAGUACUAAUGCAGCAAAAAUCUUUAAUAUUUACCCGCAAAAGGGACGAAUUGCUGUUGGCUCGGAUGCAGAUAUAGUCAUAUGGAAUCCACAGGGUACACGAAGCAUUUCCAAAGACACCCAUCAUCACGCUUGUGAUUUUAAUAUUUUCGAGGGUAUGACUGUACAUGGAGUAGCUGAAUAUGUUUUAGUGCGCGGUCGCGUAUGUGCCGAGAAUGGAUCAGUUCGCGUUGCAGAAGGAUUCGGACGUUUCAUACCAAUGGCGGUGCGUCCGCCAUAUGUUUAUGAUAUUGUUAAGGAGAAAGUACACGUGUCCGAAGAGCACCCCGAAGAAGCUCAAAAUGGAAAUUUGGCCAAAAAGUUCGCUGAAUUGGACAUUCUAAUUCCAGAAGAGAAAACAAUGUCUGCACUGCUCGUUGAAAAUAUGCCAAUUAUGGCAGGAGGUUCCCCUUGCAGCACACCUUCUGUUCGCGGCCGUGUUGAUGGCAAAAGAGACAUGCAGGAGUCAUCGUUUUCGAUUAGCGAGGAACUGGACAAAUCCGGCGUUCGUUCUUGUAUAAAAGUAAAGAAUCCCCCUGGUGGGAAAUCCUCUGGAUUUUGGUAAAAUGUCCAGACGACUAUAUAAUAUAAUCGCACAACGCGAUCCUUAUGACCAGAAUCAGCGCUUAUCUAAUCUUAUAUACAUACAUGCAUAUGUAAACUAUAGCCGAAUAUUAUUUAUUCAUACCGAUUUCCAACAUAAUGAACAGACAUAAUUAUCUUCGAAACUCAGCGGAUAUUGUUUAUUCUUGUUUGAACAGAAUUGUUUUCAUAUUUUAUUUGUCAUUUUGAGGCUAAAACAU